GAAGAAGAUCUACAAGUUAAUCUUUCAGAAGAUAAGCGAAUUUAUGGUAACUUAAUCUUAGAGCGUUUAAAGAAGAAUGUCGAACAAGAUAUGAAGACUCUACCGCUGGAUAACUAUUUCAUAGAGAAAGGUCCAAAUUCUGAUGAAGAUAAGUGUUUUAUCUUAAAUCCGGAUCAUCAAAAAGUAGAUUUAGAUAAAUACCAUUAUAUAAUUGAGCCUUGGCAACUUUAUUCAAAAACAGCCAAAAUAAACCCAUUAUAUUCGGCUUAUCUCGAUAAAAAUGUUCUGCUUUUAAUUGGGUGUCACACGGUUCAGGUUUGGCAUGAUCAAGAUAAAAAAAAAAAAACUCUAGAGUUCAUUAGUGUAAUCGAUAAAAGCAAAACCAGGGUUGAUGAUGGAACUAAUAUUAAACAAGUUAAAUAUGGAAAAAGAAAAUUUGAACUUGAAGUUCGAUCAGAAGAUUCUAAAUCAAUUGAAUCAAUUAAAAUGGGAGCUGAUGAUGAUAUAGUUCAUGCUGUAAAAGAGGCAUGUGAAUCGCUUAAGUUUUUAUAUCAGAUAUAUAAAGGAUCCGAAUAUGCCAUAUCAUUAUCCAAUGAAAUUCAACAUAUAAAAUUCAAAGAGAUAGUAAAACAAACACGAGAUAUUAUCGUAAGAUUUAUUCAUCUAUAUCCGAUUGUUUGGCGACUGUUAGACAUUAGAUUUGGUUUGUUGAACAUUCUCAUUGAAGCGAGGGAAUAUCAACUUAUAAAAUACAUAUUAUUUAAUGAAAAAAAAACCAUCGAUGGUCCCGAAGCACGUAUUCUUAAAACCCUUAAUUAUCUAGUAUCCAAAUCGGAAACAAAUGAACAACUUUUACAUGACAUAGAUCCAGAUCCGAACAGUUUAUUGCAUGAAAAGUCACUGCAUAUGCCGCAAUAUUCUGCAUGGGAUGGUGGAAACAAUGCGAUUCAUAGAGCGUUUGAAGAUGAAGAUCCCGUAUUUCUAGGAUAUUUUUUAGAAUAUUAUUCGAAUAAAGCAGUCGAAGAAAUCGGAUGGAUGAUUACAGUUAGUGAACUUCUACCGUGGCUAUAUGAUAAGGAAAAUGAAAAUUACGGAUUUUAUAAGUCUUAUGUCCAAUUAUUAUUUUAUAAACCUUGCUUUUGUGCAACGGGAUUAAAUAUACCCUUGUUUGAAUUUCUUGAAAUUCCGCCGAGCAUCGAUGAUUCCUUAGAAGUUUAUAUACCCCUAACUCAAUUGAUUUCAGAUGAUUCCGAAUUGGAAGUAAAAGAAAUUAGCCGUGAUAAAAUUCCUGAUAUUCAAAUGGUACCUUUAAUUAAUUUCACGACAUUUGAAAAUAUGUCAUCGAAAAGAAGAAAAAACGAUUAUAAAGAUUUUUUAAAGACUUUAAGGGCUGCAUUUUAUCCCAGCAAAUACGUCGAUCUUAAGAAAUAUCCUAUCCCUUUUCUUCAACUUGUGAAUAAAGUUGAAAAUUAUCCGAAUGAUCCAUUUUACUAUAAUCCAUCCAUGGAAGCUGCCAUGAAUUUUAUGUGGCAUUCUUCCAAAUCACAUUGGCGACAUACUUUAUAUAUUUUUAUAAUAUUUAUUUUUCUUGGGUAUGCAUCAUAUGUCGGAUUAAAUCAAUCGUCAACAGUAUAUGAUAUUUAUAAUGGGAGCGAAGUAGACUAUACUAUGAUUGAAGAAGAGCAGGAUAAUACAUUUUCAAACCCUUUUAGCGCUAUAAUUGCUGCAUAUAAUUGGGAUUCAAAUUCAUUUGAUGUUUGGGGAUUUUGGCCUCUCAUUAUAAUCGGUGUGAUUGGUAAUAUUAUUUUUGUCAUCAUACUGCAAAAUGUUAUUAUCUCAUUUAUGAGUGCUGCUUUCGAGGAUGCUGAUAAAGAAGGAAAACGUGCUGUUCUCAAUUAUCAAAGUAGAUUAAUUUAUGAUUAUGCGCUUCUUGAAGAUUCUGCUUUCACUACAGGAUAUAGUGAUUUUGACUCCAAGCUUAAGAAUAAGUUAAGAGUGAGGUAUGUUUGCUUUUAUAAUGAAUUACCUAUUACAAAAGCAUGGAAAGAAGAAAGUAAAGAAUGGGAAUCAAUUCCAAUAUAUUUAAAUGCUGAAAGUCAAAUACAAACAGAAGAUGAAAGUGAUUUUUUUAUCAAAAAGGAAGAUAUUAAAUUCAUUUGGACUUCUACGGAAAAUGAGAAGACAGCAGAAGAAACAGAUAAUAAGACUUGA